AUGCCGGCAGACGAUUACGUGACGGCCGCUGGAACUGGCGCACUCAAGCUAAAAGGUGGGAAAAUUCAGAAGACGAAGAAAAAGAAGAAAACCAAGACUCCAAACCUCGAGCAUUCCCUUACUCCAGGAGAAAGUUCCAACUCCAAGCUUAAGGAUGUCGAUGAUCCUCGGGAACGCGACACCAAAGAUGCGGAAGACGGUGAUGGUGAUGGUGACGUAGUCGAGCACAAAACUGAAGCCGAGCGUCGAUACGAAGAAGCUAACAGAAAGAAAAUGUUAAAGAUGCUCGAGGACCCAAAGGUAGCUUCCGAGUUUCGAAAGACCCAUAAAGAGAGAGUUGAAGGCUUAAACACAUACCUCUCCAAGUUGAGCGAACACCACGAUAUGCCUAAGAUUGGCCCAGGAUAA